CCCUGGCCGGUAGACUCGCCGGUUGGUCGUCAGCUCGCGGGUCGCGGCUCGCUUAGUUUUGCUCCGACAACCGAAGUAAGAAGUUGUGUUCUUCUCUGCGCGAUCAUUGUGACCGCGUGUUAAUUCUCGAACCAUAUACAUUACUUUCGCGUUGUAAGUUUUGAGUUAUGUGUGUGUUUUAGUGUUUGUGUGUACGGAUAACAUUUCUCGCAGGAUAAAAUAUGUGGUCCGGCAAGAAGACUGAAGGGGGCGCUGGCACACCCACUGAAGAGGAGAUAAAAGUGGUCCUAGUGGGUGACACACAGUGCGGAAAGACAUCGCUUGUACAGCGGUUCGUGACUGACAAUUUCGUUGAGGCGUACACACCAACCGGCUUUGAAAAAUAUGGAUACACUUGCACAGUAGCUGACUAUAGAGUUAAUUUCUCUGUAUGGGAUACGUCAGGAACAACGGCAUACGACACAGUGAGGCCACUCGCUUAUCAAGACGCCAAAAUAUUUAUGUUAUGUUUCAACAUUGCUGAACCAGAGUCGCUAAAUAACGCAGCUGCAAAGUGGUACCGCGAAGUCCGCACACAUGGUGGAUCAGCUCCGGUGCUACUCUGCGGCUGCAAGGCUGACCUGAGACACGACAAGGAGACCUUGACCAUGCUGUCCAAACUUAGAACGCAUCCGGUCACUAGCGAAGAGGCCUUAUCAGUCGCUAGACAGCUUGGUGCCACAACGUACGUGGAAACAUCAGCGAGGGCUUCCAGUAAAGGCGUGAAAGAUGCAUUCGAAGUAGCAGCACUAGCGGCUUUAGGAAAACUUAACAAACAACAAAUUAAACAACAGAAGCAAGUCGGACGCAGCAAAAGCAAACGGGACCUGAAGGCUGAGCUAAAGGGCCGGGCGAAGAGUUGCUGUGUCAUGUGAUCCGUAGCCGGCCACCCUUCGAGGUGGCCGCACGACUGCUAGGUGACCACCGCCCUUCCAUCCUUCAGACGAAACUUGAAAUUGAGCAAUUUGCCAAUUAUACACUCAAGAAAAGAUUGCGGGCCUAACGUUAAGCCUUGUGGAACUCCUAACGUGAUGAGUGCUAAAUUUUUAUAAUGGGAAAUAGGCGUUUCUAGAUUAUUGGAACAGAGUUCGGUUAAUUUUUAAUAAUAAGCGAAGGUGCAAUGUCGAUAACCCCCAGGGUUAGAGCGUGAGACUGUGAUAUGCAAAUGACAUACGGUUCGAUAGAGGCAAGAUAAAUUAUACCAAAUAUGGCCAAUUUUAAGUAUAUAAAUUAUGGUUUUAAAACAUAACAAAAAUUGUAAUUUGGUUAAAGGACUGAUGCAUUUGGUAUAAUUUAUGAUAUAGAAAGGAUACGCUCUACACUCCCAAAACUUGAUAAAAGCAUAAAUAUAAAGUAUACUUAAUCUUAAAGAAAUUAUGUAGAGGAGUACGUGUUUUUCAUAUACAUAAAAAUCGAUGUUUUUCUAUAUUAAUGCAUUUAAGAUGUAAUAAUGGUAAAACCAAUGCUCUGUUUUACUUUAGCGAGAGCAUAUAAUUUGUGUGAUAAAAAUACGUAAGUAUUUGAACGAAUAUGCACAAUUUUGGACAAUAUUUGUUGUAUUACGGAGGUCCACUCGAUCGUUAGUUCCACGUCCAAUUUUGCUACUUUAGAAUAGAUUUUGUACAUUUAGUACAUGUGAAUUGAUGUUGCUUUUAGUAUCAUCAUUUUCAUGUGUAAUUGUUACAUGUUUUAGGUAUUGUAUUUAUUGCCUAGAGGCUCAAGAACAGUGUUGAGGUUAGUAACGUUAUCAAAAGCUUUUGUAAGAACUUUCUGUUGUGUAGUAAUAAUUGUAUGAUUUGUUCACGCGAGUAUAAUCAUAAUUAUUUAAUCAACUCUAAUGAAUUGUCACUGUUUCAGUUAUAAGAUGAAUUCACAAUUCAAAUCUGUCAUUGGUAUGUCAAACCCAAACACAAACUAUUUUAAAACUGUUGAUAAUUAUACUCGUGUUUCAAAUUAUACUAACACUUUCAAUUCGAUUCCAGAUUUGACAAUUUCAGUUUUGCAAUAUUAUGAAAAGUAUAAAAAUAGUGACGUUGCGAAAUUAUUCGAUACAGAAAUUGAAUAUUUCCGGAUCGAUUCCUCUGGUUUAUAGUAGUAUAAUUAAAAAACUACUACUUUAAUACUAAUUAAUAAAUAGUUAUUAUGAAUAAUUAUGUAUUUAUUUAAAUAAAAAUCAAUAUUUUACUCUUUAAUUGGCACAAAAAUAUUAUGAUUACAUAAACAUAAAUCGCGAUGGUUUAUAAUUUUUUUUGUGUACAACACUACACUAUUAUAUGUGGUAUCAUUAUUUGAUAAAAUGACAGUAGGUAAUGUCAAAUGUGGAAUCGAAAUAUAAGUCAUGGUAUAGACGUGUUUCGAAUAUUGCUACAAUCUCACGAAAUUAAAUCGAAUUUAAAAUGAUUACUUGAACCCUUUCUGACAAACCAUUUGUAACAAAUAAUGUUUAAUGUUUUUAGUUUAAAAGUUAAGUCUAUAAGCUUUAAAUUGAUUGUUAGCUUUAAUUACAGUACGUUAAAUUAUAUUACAUCCUAAAAAACUUAUAUUUUCCUUAAAAAAAUCGUACAAAAGAGUUUAUUUACGAUAAUAUAUAUUGUAUGAGACAUAUCAUAUAUUUAAGAUUUUUUGAAUUCCCGUAUAUGAUUUUUGUUAAAGUAUUGAUAAAUCCAUUCGAACUUUUUUGUAAAUUCUGUUUUCUAUUUAUCAAAACUUGGAACUUAGCACAAUGCAUGUUUUUGUAUUAAGCCGAUCAUUAAUUGAUGUUGUUUCUAGACUUUGAAAUAUAGAGUUCGAUGUUUUUGUA